AAAUUGACAACAUAGGUAUGACCAAGGCCAUCGAGCUACUUUGAGGUUAUUUAUAUUGGAAUCGAUUUCAUUAUUAUUGUCUUGGUAAAAACCGUAUCGAGAAAACAAAAAUAUUCAUAGUGUAAAAUGUUUCUUAUCAAUUUAUUGCACUAAGUAUUUACGAUCGCGUAGUGAAGUGGGUAGAUAAGAUUUACUCUUAACAAUAUGAGGCUGUUAGUAACAUCACUAAAACCGGUAAGAUCGGUUGGACAAGUGUUAAAUAAGACUGAAGCUCAGUAUAGAACCAUGUCUACAAGAGGAAUCAAGUUUAAUACGAAACACCUUAGGAAGGGCGACCCUCUUCCUCCGUACAAUGGCAAGCUUCGUCUGUACAACAUGCGGUACUGCCCCUUCGCGCAGCGCACCGUGCUAGCUCUGAAUGCUAAAGACAUCGACUAUGAGGUCGUCAACAUCAACCUGUUCGAGAAACCAGAGUGGCUCACCAGCAAAAGCGCUUUCGGUAAAGUGCCAUCCCUAGAGAUCAAGGAAGGUCUGUCGAUCUACGAGAGUUUGGUCACAGUGGAGUACCUCGACGAAGUGUACCCUCAACGUCCCUUGCUGCCCAAGGACCCUGUGCAACGGGCUCUAGACAAGAUCAUUGUUGAAGCGUGCACCCCGAUCCAAGGCCUCUUCAUAAAGCUGAUCAAGUUCCCCGAGUCGAUCACAGAGGAAACCGUCGCGGCGUACCACAAGGCGCUGCACUUCUUGCAAGAACAACUUCAGUCUCGCGGCACACGGUUCUUCGGAGGGGACCAGCCAGGGUUCGUGGACUACAUGAUCUGGCCGUGGUUCGAGCGGGUGCUGCCGUAUCAGAAGGUGGAGUCUAGGGUUCAGAUCGACGCGGGGAAGUUUAAGUUAUUGUUGGAGUAUUUGCAGAAUUUGAAGCAAGAUCCUGUCGUGAAGCAAUAUCUGAUUGAAGACGAAGUUUUGUUCAAAUUUCUGGAACCAUACAAGACUGGCGGCGAACCUAACUACGACUUAUUGCUGGAAGCCUAGAUAUUUAAACUACGGUUACGCUAUGUAAAUAUAUUUAAUCAUUUUAUAA